CGCUAAGUUGAGUUAGAGGAAUUUGCAGGUAAUUACCCCCUCGGACUGUAGUACCCAAUUUCAUCGUCAUUAGCUCCUAACGACCCAUCGCGACAAGAACCCUGCUACAAUGGCGAGCCUCCUCAAGAAGUUCGUAGACGCUGAGCAGUGGGACGCCGAGGACAUCGCCGGCCGGCUGGGCAUGGUCUUCCACGCCGCCUUCCUCUUCGCCGGUUUCCGGCCGUACGGCGCGCAGCCACGGUCGGGACACCUCCUGAAGAAGCAAUCACGCAAGAAGGGGGGAGGCUCGCUCUGCCUCUCCCGACAGUACACCGCGCCGGACCUUGCGCACCGCGACGGCGCGGACGCUGCCGUGCUGAUGCUGUGUGCGCAGGGGAGGUACGCCGCGCUCCUCGUGUUCCUCACCGCGGACGGCGACGACGACACGCCGGAGAUCGCGUACAUGGAGCGGCUGGAUCUCCUCACCGUGUGGCCGCUCCUCUCCCGUAGCCUCGGCGGCGUGGAGCCCUGGGCGUCGCGGAUCUGCAAGGCGCUCGCCGACGGCGUGUGCUGGGGCCUCCUCCACGAGCUGUGCAGCAGGAACGGCCUACCGCUGAGCGGCUUCGCGUCCCUGCCCGACGACCUCCAGGGAGCCGUCUUGGAGAAGCUCACCGACGGCAAGGACCUCGCGAGGGUGGAGUGCGUUAGCUCCCAGCUGAGGCUGCUCGUCGCUGAGCGUGACCACCAGCUGUGGAGGACCUUGUACAAGGCCCUGCCUGCGCGCCAGCGCCGGGGCUGGUGGCGUCUGUGGUGGUUCUUCCCCGACGCCGACAGCUCCGACGAGGAGACUCUCCGUGUCGGAUCGACCUGGAAGGACAAAUACGUGGAGGCCAGGCGGCGUUCCAAUCGUCCCAUUCCGCGCUCGUGGUUCUUCGACUCCUUUGAUUUUGAACCCAUCUGGAUGAUUCGUCGGAGGGACUUGUCGUCAUGGCCCCUUGACUAUUGGUUCAUACAAGAUCCGCCGGAGGAGGAGAAGACACUUCCUCCAAGGGUCGACAGGAGCGGCGUCCGCCGCCGGAAGCUGCCACGGAACAACGACAAGAAGUGGCAUGGUGGUGGUGCCAUCCACUCGCCAUCAUCUCGCUAUCGAUGGAAGCAUCGCUAGCUGCUGAUCAUGCGCUGCUCAUAUGGCUGCAACUGAAAUCCUGCAUAUAUAUAGUCAAACUCAACAACUGAUGCGUUUGAUUUAUUUGUUUCGAGAUUUCGAUCGUGGAACGAAUGGAAUGAACUGGUCAGAUUGUAAUUAGUUAGUGCUGUUAUGCUCUGCUGCAUAACUGGUGACUAUCACGCACCGUGGCAAUAAUGUACACCUGAAUGGUUUAUUGGGAAUUCAAUGUUAAAUUUUAGUCA